GCUAUAAACCUCUUCAAUUUUCCUCAGAAUUGUUGAACUCCCACAUCGAAUUUAUUCAACAAAAUUAUCAACAAUGGUUUUAGUUUUGGAAAAAUUCCAAACUGAUUCUCACUCCAAGAACACAGCACUCUGGACUAUUAAAUUGCAUAACCUGCAGAGUCAGGGAGGAGGCGAAUUAUUGAAGGUGAAUAGAGAGAAAAUUGAUAGUGUUAAUGCAAUGGAAAGAAAACACAAACAAGCAGUGAAACUAUUGAAGAUAUUGCUAAAGAAGAAGAUUGGUAAUGAAAAUAUAAAGGAAGGGAAACCAAAUACAGAGUCCAAGAGGAUUUGCAUUUGUGCUCCAGCCACACAUGAAGGGUCAUUUAAGUGUCGUUUCCACCGCAUUGGCACUGUAAAGAAGCCAUAAGAAGAUGGUUUGGAUCAUUUCAUGUUGAUGAAUUAUAGGAUAUGAUCAUGUUGGAACAAAAGACACCACUUUUUUGAAAAUAUAUAAUGGAUCCCAUAACCAAUUAUGCUAAGCCCAUGCAUAAUAAAAUUUGUUUCUUUUUCUCUCUUUUAACUCUUGUUAUUCAAAAAUAGGAAACUGAU